CCAGCUGAUAUCCUGUGUGCAUGUUUGGGAUUGUUGUGAUGGGAGGUCGCAGCCAUCUUGGAUGAGCACCGAACACCGAGCACCGAGCAGGGAGGAGGAGAAAAGGAGAAGGAGAGGAGAAGAGGAGGAGGAGAAGAGGACGGACACGACGUCCACAGCAGAGCCAGUUCGCUAAUGUUAGCUGCCCGGACAGAUUAACCACAGCCCGGGUUGCGACUAUGCUUCAUUUACGCGUCUCGCUGUCGUUAUCUAACGCGUUAAGCGCGUGAAUAUGGGCCCAAACUGUUACAAACGCUUCGUGGUAUAAUCUCGGUAAGAGGGCGGCGGUGCAGAUCCUCGGUGUAUUUUUAAAUUUUCUGGAUAGAGGAGUUACUAUGAAUGGAGGAUAAAUGUUGCCGAAGGCUGACAGCAGCAGUUUCGUCCUCUUCUCUCUUCUCUUCGUCCUCACGUUAACGGACCCACCACGGACAGGUCCGCGGCUAGCUCUGGCAAGAUUAUUGUCAGAGCAGCGCUGCAGCCCUGGGCAGUUCGCCUGCCGCAGUGGAAAGAUGCAAUGUAUCCCAAUGACCUGGCAGUGCGACGGUUGGACAGCAUGUGAGGACAAGAGCGACGAGAUGGACUGUCCCCCUAUAAAGGAGGAAAGGUUUCGUUUUGGGAACGGGUACGACCAGGUGGAAGACGUCAUCGGUGUGGCUCAGCCUGUGCGCUUUAACAAGAAAUGUCCCACCGGGUGGCACCACUACGAGAAGACGGCCAGCUGCUACAAAGUCUACCUGAGGCAGGAGAACUACUGGCAGGCCGUGGACACGUGUCAGAAAGUCAACGGCUCGUUGGCCACGUUCGUGACCAACGAGGAGCUGCAGUUCAUCCUGAAGAUCGAGGUCGAUUUCGACGACAAAGUCUGUGAGCGCAGAGACCAGUGCAAGUUUUGGGUGGGCUACCAGUAUGUGAUCACCAAUCAGAACCACUCCUUGGAGGGACGCUGGGAAGUCGCAUAUAAAGGGUCCAUGCAGGUGUUCUUGCCACCUGAAGGCGUGACAGAUUUUGGGGAGGCUUCUCCCACCCAGGACAACGUCUUCUGCGCCCAGCUGCAGCGUUUCCAGAUUAAAAGCAUGAAUGAACGAGGCCUGCACAGCUGGCACGCUGAGAACUGCUACAAGAAGUUCCCGUUCCUGUGCAAGAGGGGGCAAACGUGCGUGGAUAUAAAAGACAACGUCGUGAACGAGGGCUACUACUUCACCCCGAAAGGAGACGACCCGUGUCUGAGCUGCACCUGUCACGACGGCGAGCCUGAGAUGUGCGUGGCCGCGCUGUGCGAGCGGCCUCAGGGCUGCCAGCACUUCCGCAAGGAUCCCAAAGAGUGCUGCAAGUUCACCUGCCUGGAUCCAGGAAACAGUCUGUUUGACUCGAUGGCGAGCGGCAUGAGGCUGAUCGUCAGCUGCAUCUCGUCCUUCCUCAUCCUCUCCCUGCUGCUGUUCAUGGUGCACAGACUCCGCCAGAGGAGACGUGAACGCAUCGAAACCCUGAUUGGAGGAAACUUGCACCACUUUAACCUUGGGAGACGAGUCCCGGGCUUCGACUACGGCCCCGACGUCUUUGGCACCGGCCUCACUCCCCUGCAUCUGUCUGACGACGGAGAGGGCGGCGCUUUUCAUUUCCAGGAGCCUCCUCCUCCGUACGCAGCCUACAAAUACCCCGACAUCCAGCACCCGGACGACCCCCCUCCUCCGUACGAGGCCUCCAUCAACCCGGACAGCCUCCUCUACGUCGACCUCGGACACAGCGGGGUUUCCAUGGUGCCGAGCCAGAUGAACGCGAUGGGAGACGGGCUCCAGGCCGACGUUCCCAUCGCCUCGGGUCCCACGCCAAACUCAGGGCCGUCCACUCAGGAGAGGGAGGACUCCAUAGAUAGCAGCACCCUCCUGGUGGGGCCCGACACGCCGACAGAUGGCCACGCCCCCGCCCCCAUGCCCCCAGACUGCGUCUCGUCCCUCAGCACCGUGGUAUAGGGCUGCGGGCGGACAGCGGGGAGCUGCACCUGGACUUUACCCUCUGGCUGCAGAACGUCGCACCCGGGGGAGAGGACGCCGCAGACGGUCGUUUACCAUAAACGCCGACUGCAGAAAAGGACAAUUCAAAAAGUUUGUACAGACGAUACGAGAAGGUGGGCUCUGAGGCUUUGCAGCGACUCUUUCUGAAGACACCUCCGCAGCUGUCCUUCUUAGUGUUGUUUGUUUUGUUUUUUUUUUGUUUUUUUUUUUUUAAGACACUGGCAUCCGAGGGAGCAGAGACGACUGAUGCUGUCUGUACAGAGAGGAAAAAACACUACACUUCAGGCUGCGGUUUUACUUUUAGCGCUGACUCGCUUUUGAAACGUCUCAAAAUCGGCCUGAUCGGUUGAGAAGCCCUGGUGUAAAUAAAUACCCCCCCGCCCCCCUCAGGUCUGCGCCCCUCAACGACAAAUAAUAACGGACGGACGGACAAAGAAACCAGCUUUUUUUGCUCCUUGUGCGUUUUUUUUUUAUUUUAUUUCUGCGUCACAUUUUCAAACACUCCAUAUCGAACCGCCUCCAAGCUACAAUGACUCUCAUCCACCCGUUCCUCGGCAGCACGACCCAGAGCUCGACUUCUACCAGCUCACGAGAAAAAAAAAACAAAAAAAACAACCCUCACUUUUAUUAGUCUGAUACAUGAGGCCGUCUUCCAGGUUUAUAGCACAGAUUUGCAGCAGAAAACGUUUUGUAGUUGAAGAGGUUAAACCUCGCGAGAAGGUACGGUCAGUAUCCUGCUGUAGGGUUUUUAUCAGUGUAACGCCGACCGGAGGCGUUACGCACCGAAGAAUGUUGUGAUACUGAUAAAAAGUUUGGUAUUGUGUUCUUUUUUGAUAAUAAUUUAUGACUGCAGGUUGUAACCUUGAUUGUUUAAUUGUGGGAAUUUCCCUGUCGAUCGACAAAGCGAUUUAGACUUUUGAGAUGUAUAUGUGAAGAUUUAGGAGCCGUCGUUUAAUUUGAAAGAAGAAGAAGGAGGAAAAAAAAGAGUUUAUUUAAAAAAAAAAAAAGCUGUUCCAAUCAUUAAGCAUCAUGCAUUGUUACUUUAUCAUCAGAUCUUUGCAGGACAGUUGUGUGGUUUCUAACUUAUCCCUCAGUUUAGUCGUUUCUUCUUUUUUUUUAAAGAUGAGUCGUUACCUUUUCGAUGCCGCCCCCCGAGUCCCCGAUGUGUUUGUAACACAUCUGUUCUCUCAGUUAUUCAGGUUGUUGUGACGGAGUCGAUGCCUCCGCUCGCCCUUUUUUUUUUUUAUAUAUAUUUUAGUGUCUACGGGAUCCCAAAAACAAAGAAAAAUGCACUAAAAGAAAAGCGUAAACUUUUUUUUUUUUUUUUUUUUCGGAGGAACGGAUCCCUGUUACGAUGACAAUCGUUUGAUUCACUCAAGGAUGAAUUUCACAAAGGCCCAAGAAGAAGAAGAAGAGGAGCAGCUCCACGGUUGGAUCAGGAUCGACCCCCCCUCCCCCCUCCCCCUCCCACAACCACCAGCAUCCAAACCUGCUUGUGAUCUGAAACAUGGCUGUAAAUGUGCGUCCGACUGUAUAUCUGUGUUUGAAUGUACUGUAUGCAAACAUUUUCUCUGCUCAUCUUUAAGCUUAUUUGUUUUCCACCUGAUUUUCUUUUUUUUUUAUGUUUUUUUGCAUUGACAAUCCACAGUGGAUUAUUCAACAAACAUGAUCUCAUGAAUUGUGGAAACAAGUAAAGUGCAUGUGUGUUUAGGAGAUUUUUUUUUUUUUUUAUUUUUUUUUUUUUUUUUUAGCUCAUUGUUUGAUUUUAUUUUUCAAACCUGCUUCCUGGACCUGCGGUGCAUGUUUUUAUCUUUUGGCAUGCUGAGAGAUUGUUUUCUUUUCUUAGCUCAACGGUGUGUCCUGUACAGUAGGCUCAAAGACAUAUAGUUUAACAUCUAUAUGCGUUGAAAACCAGCCCAAACAUUUACACAGUAGUUUUCUAUGCUAGGCUAUGAUGUUUUUUUUUUUCUUUUUCUGGGUUUGAAAUGUUUUAUGUAUAAUACAAACUAAUGCUACAUUUCAUUGUCUUUUAUUUCAUAGCCUUUGAAUUUAAAAAAAAAAUGGGGAAAAAAAAGCUUCAUUUGCAGGGGAGCUUGUGUUUUUCUGAGGUAGAUGUACAUCUAAUCAAAUGCCAAAUAAAUCGCACCAUGAAGGACGA